GCAAGAAUCCGAGCUCGGGGGCUGCGCAGCGCGUGGCUCAACCGAGAAAUACGAAGACGACAACGGUUGGUGAGUGACAGACGGGAAGACUGGGAAUCGACAGCUACUACUGGACUACCUCACUACUUCUACUCCCACCCCGGGCCUCAUCCCUCUUCAACCUUCAGGCACCAGCCAAAACCAGGCGUUUGUUUCCCCUUCGCUUCUUUCUCAUCCUUCCAUUGAUUUCCAGCUCCCAUUCUCGCAAGCAUUAUACAGUUCCUUUACACAGGACUGCUGGUGGGUGGCCUUGUAAGGUGUCCCGGGGGUGUUGUGCUUGAUUUUCCGCGCCGAAACAUGUCACACUCGCGUCUUCAGUGAUAGACCGAUUCUACCUAUCUAUCUACUAUCGUCUUCGCUUCGAUCCGGCAUUCAACUCUCCAGGCUUAUUGACUCAGUUGAUGAGUUAAGACUUCAUCAUGAAGUCUUCUUUAGCCAAGGCCGCCGUUCUCUUUUCCACUCUUGUUUCGGGCUUGCCCAGCCCACGCCCUUCAUCGGGCGAUCCGCUUGCCAAGGAUAUCACCACUGUUGCUGGUACAACAGAUGCUGAACAUAUUUCUGUCCACUUCCAAGCCCCUUGCCCGGGCUGUUUUAUCGGCUCCAACGAUGGAUUGGAACUCACUCUCGACAUCGAUGCCGCCGAUGAAGAAUGCAGCGGCCGUUCCCCGCGUCUAAACGGCCAUGAACUUUCGCUUGCCCAAGGGGAAGAUGUUGCCAAUGGCCAGAUUACAUUCAAGUCGAGACCGCUCAACGGUCUGGCCGAGGAGGAGAUCCAUGCCUCGUGGCAGGCAACAUGUCUCAAAGGCAAAGCUUCGAUUAUCUCGGUCCGCUUCGACGACAUUGCCGGCCAACGUCAUGUCCAAGAUGGUUCUGGCUUCACCACCUCGUUCAAGCAAAUGGGAAGCCCUACCAUUCUGCGCCUCCAAGACAGACCCAUCGACGAUAUCUUCUCGCAGAACAUUUGUGACGAAUGGCUCCUCCCAGAAGAUCAAGCCUUGGCCGUUGUGCCAGCCAUGCCGACGGAUGCCGUUCCGGUCGAGGCCCAAUUAGAAAUAGAAUUUGCGAAACUAGAACGACUCCAGGAGGAAAUGGAUCGACUUCAUGGGGAGUUGCGAGAAAAUCAUCACAAGAUCAUGUCCUUGCUGAAGCAAGACUUCCAGCAGUGUUCGAGCCUAAAAUGCCUUUGGCGAACUGCCGUCAGCAAGUUUCCGACCAUCAAAAAGCUCAUCAGUCUGCGGUUCUCCCACCCUAAACAACGGAUAAUGGGGUGUACAGACGGCGUGGAUCAGCAAUUCUGUGAUGCCAUGAAGGAAGGCGAUGGUCCGGCUAUGAGCCAUCAUGGUCCACAGGACGAGCCGGUUAAAGAGUUUGGACAUCCAGGUGAUGCAGACACCACUAAAGAGACGCACGGUGAUGGGCCGGUUCCCCCUCCAGGACCUCUGAAAGAAGGACCAGCAUCAUUACCUUAUCCUCAUGGUGAAAGGCCGCCAUUCGAUCAAGGUUCGGAGCGACCCAAACACCCACCUGGAGAACAUCCUCGUCCUCCACCUCCAUUUCCUCCACACAAAGGAGAGCAUUCACAUCCUCCAAUGAAAGACCACCCCCAGCCGCCCUUUGAUAAAGACCAUCCUCAUCCACCUCCUGGACCUCACUUCCGGCCGCCACCGCCGCCUCCAGGAUUCCCGCACCCUCCACCGGAUCAUCAAAAAGGGCCACCACCUCCUCCUCCAGGCCAUCAAGGACCUCCUCCUCCUCCCCCGCCUCCAGGAUUCCCUCACCCUCCCCCAGAUCAUGAAGGAGGACCGCCACCUCCUCCUCCUCCUCCUCCGGACCAUCAAGGACCACCACCUCCUCCUGACCAUCAAGGACACCCCCCUCCACCUCCACCUCCAUUCGGCCGACACGGACCACACCCGGGGAUCCGACCACCUUUCGGACAUCGAGGACGAGGCCACAAGCUCGAAUACCAACUCGGCAUCUCAGUCAUCUCACUCACCCUAAUCAUUCUCCUAUCAGGCCUUUGUUUCAGCCUAAUCCGCAAGAGCGCAUGGUACCGCGACCCCCGACGCCAAGCCGACCGGGCCGCACGCCGUGAAGAACGGCGCACCCGGAAAAUGUACCGCAAAGCCGCGUGCAAACACCGGUGGACGACCUGGUUGAACCGAUACCGACGACAUAGUUCAUCAAACGACUAUGAAGAGAAGCGCCAGAUGGUCCUGGAGCAAGAAGGCCUACUGGAAGACGUCAUGCAGAAUGAGAUCCGGACGUUGCGAAACGCCUCUGAUCUCGUCAGGGAUCUGGUUCGCGUCGAGGAAGGCCGGGCUCGGUUGAACAUCUACCCGCAUCCUCAGCCCCAUUAUCCGUCUUACUCGGCUGAGCUUGACGCGGGCGUCGGAAGCAGUCAUUUUUCGGAUCUUCCGCCUUCGUAUGCGGCGCCCCCGCCUCGCUAUGAAGAGGAACUCGAGGGCGAUUUGACGGUUGUAGAUGGAUUUCGAUACACGCCCAGCAACACGGACGAUACCCCGGAAAGCAGUAUUAUUGACUGCAGUCCGCGACUGAGUCUGGAGACGGGCAGGUCGACUAUCGUUACCAAAGAUGCGCGGGAUUGAGAAUUGAUCUACGAUCUGCGAUCUGCAAUCUGCAAACAUUCAGCACGGUGGAGUCAAGUGUACAAAGCUCCAAGGUACGGAACCCGUUCUUCUCUGCUGAGAUUGUCAUCUACCAUAUUCCUUGAUUUUUGUUCUGCCACGAAAGGGGGAGGGGGCCCGUUUUCUGUUUGCUACCCGGCGUUAUUGUAAAUAGGACAGGAAGGGAUUGGAGUAAUAGGUUACGGGUCAGGAGGAAGGUCAUGUCAAUGCAAGGUACCUAAACCUUAGGUAGGGAUUUGUCAUUGUUAUGGUUUUGCCGGCGCACUAUCUACUUUAUGUAUAUAUAAAUGCAUCUUAUCUUAACCACAUUACCUAUGUUCCAUCGCUACCCAACUUGGCUGAAAGCAGCGCAUUAUGCCGAGGCUCUCCCUUCCUCGUCGUGUUUAUCUGCUCAGUCCGACGUCGAUGUCGGGCCAGGUCGAAGUUAUGGGGGUUGUUAGCGGCCAGCCUGAGCUGUUUACCGAAAAACGAGCGAACUCUUGUUCAUUCAAGGCACCCUUCCGUUAAUGAACCAGGAAGUAUGUACAUUUUAUAUAUUACAUUGGAUACCUAGGUACUACACUGUAGUCAAUAAUGACAUCGUUUCCGCAAUG